CCCAAUAUCCCAACCCAACACAUCCGCUGUCGUGCGUGCUUGGAAAUAAAUAUCGAGUGUCGUUUGUUUCUCUGUUAUACAGUCUCACGUCGUAUUCUAUUUUCCGUAGACAGGAUGGCCGAUGACGAGUUCGACGGAGACGAAGUGGUAGACGACUUUGACGAUGUAGACGACGAUGACAACAUCGAAUUGGAGCAGCAAGAAGAAGAUGGUGAAAAUAUAGAACUUUUAGCAGCAGGCGAUACUCAAGGCAGCGUUCAAAAAUCAAAAAGAAUCACAACCAGAUAUAUGACAAAGUAUGAAAGAGCAAGAGUAUUAGGAACACGAGCGUUACAAAUAGCAAUGUGCGCCCCUGUAAUGGUCGAACUUGAGGGAGAAACUGACCCACUGCAAAUAGCCAUGAAAGAACUGAAACAGCGAAAAAUUCCAAUAGUUAUCCGCCGCUACUUACCUGACAACAGUUAUGAAGACUGGGGCAUCGAUGAACUUAUUAUAAUAGACCACUAGAUCAGAUUUUUUAAUUUCUGUCAACUCCAGGUAAAAUUCAUAUUUCUUAAGUUAAUCAUUUAUAUUAUACCGCUUUACUUAUAAAAAUGUUGAAAAAU